UAUCAAUCAUACUUCCACCGUGGUUAACAUCCAAACUGCCUGCGAUGUCGGCGAGAAAGUCAGGACUUCAGAAGGAGGUCUUAGCACUCUAUAGACGUGCAUUGCGCAUGGUCCGUACCAAACCAGCUUCGACCCAGCCAAAAUUUCUCCUCUUCGUGCGCUACAACUUUCACUCACAAGCAUCUUCUGUAUCACCUCGUGACGUUACAGCUAUAGAGCAUCUUCUCCGUCGUGGUAGAAGGCAAUUGGAGAUGUACGAGCAGCCCUCUGUCAGAGACUGCCAGGUAUCACAAGUUAUGAGUGAUUGGGAGCAAAACCGACGCGGAUCACGGACAACUUCACAGUAGCCAUAUUUAAAUAUCAAACCUCGCAAGAGAUGGUAGACUUGGUCAAAGCAAUAU